ACUUUUAUGACACUAACUAGUAGCCUUCUAUGAUGCAACUCGGUAGCCAGAGAUUUUUCAUAUCAUAUUGGCCUGGUUGAAAUUCACAAAAUGUUAUUAGCAAACUGCAGCUGGGUUUGAUUGGGAAAUAGAAACUUGUCAACGUUACUUGAAUGUUAUAGUAAGUCGAGUCUCAUCCAUUCAUCGAAAUUCGGUAGUUUCCAGGUUUGGAAAGUAAAAGUAACGAACAAGAAAGGCUGGUUAAGUUUUUCGGUCGUCUAGAAACUAACGUUGAAUAGCUGCUAGUUCAUGACAGAGGUUACAUCUGACUGAAUCAUCCGCUAGUACUUACAUACUUGCAUACUUUGUACUAUAGUCAAACCUCAGCAUUGUCAUUUGAAGCUUAGGGAUGGCAGAUCUAAGCACCAAGUCAGUACAAGAGAUCACUGAUCUCCUGGAUGAAUAUGGCAUCAAGCAUGGGCCUGUCGUUGGCAGCACCAGAAGCCUCUAUGAGAAGAGGCUGAGAGAGGCCAUGACCAAAGGUACCCCGAAACCGUCAUCUGACAAGACAUACUACAGAGAAGAGGAGGAAGAAGUCGAGUACAUCGAAUAUCAUCCACCGGUGAGAAAUGAAGGCUUUGGGGAUGUCGUCCGAAGACCAAGAAAUUUUGAAUACAACGAUGAAGUUGAUCACCACUUUGAAGAGCCCAUCAUUAACAGGUCAAAAGCGUCCUAUCAGAACACGUCUUACUCCAUGGCUCCGCCCCUAAAAGCUAGCCAGAAGAAGCCCAUCACAGAAGUCCCCAAAUCAGGUGGAAUCCCGGGAUGGCUGCGCUUGCUUGUGUUCGUCAUCAUAGCAGUAUUUCUGUAUUACGUAUACUCAAUCAUGGAGACCCAGGAGGAAAACCCAUUCAACAGGGGGAUUGAAGCAUAGUUGACCAUUUUCUGGUUAUACAAAGAAUUUACAAAGAAUUGUUUCACUACAAAAAAACACUUCAAUUUCACAUUCACAAGAGUAUUUCCUGUUUAUGGUACCUCUUCAAACAUUAUAGAAUGUAAAUGCCUUUUUUUUUUUUUUUUUUUUUUUUUUUCAGAAACUGUCUAUGGUUCAAUGCCAAGACAUUUUUAGUCGACUGCAGUACCAUAAAUCAUAAAAAGGAAGUACUUUUUUAAAUGUUUUUACCUGAUUAAAUUUCUGAAUGUACAGACAUUACUCUUAGUGCAAAAAAUUGCAAAUUUUGUACUUGCUAGCUUGCAUCCUGUGCAGUCACUCUAAUUCCACACUGAAUUGAAUGCAUUUUAUAUGGAAGUUGAUACAGCUCUACUUUUGGGUUGAGUUGAGUCUAAUAGAUUUUGAACACAAUAUUUAAUUUGAAUCAAUGCGCCUCAGUAUUUUUAUAUCAGAAGUAUCUUGAUUGUAUCAAUAUACUAUUAUGUCGUUGUUUUUUUUACCUUAGGAAGGACUACAGUGUUGUCAAAUGUUUUGCCAAAGAUAAUGUCGUGAUGUAGAAGAUGCAUUUUCUUUCUGUCCUUUCCAAGUUUUGUAUGGACCACUUUUUAACUUUAACAAUAUUUUUUUCCAGUUUGUUUGUACCCAUCUUCAAUGCAUUUGUCCAACAAUAAAGUUUGUUUUAAGCAUUA